AUGAGCUCUUCGGCGAUAGAGGCAGAUACAUCCAAUCUGGUGUGCCAGCUCGACAACGUCCAAGGCAUUGUCGACGCUCUUUCCACCGUCCGAUGGAAACGUCAUCAGGACGCAUUAGUUGAAGUAUCGGAACACGGCAUCGUUUGGAUUGUUGAAGAAACCGGCUGCCUUCAAGCCAAAGUUUAUCUUCAAAAGGAGCUUUUUAUUAGAUAUGAAUAUACUGCUCAAGGGCGGCCUCGAUUUGGAUUGAGCUUGGGCCUUUUUGUUGAUUGCUUGAACACAUUUUCGGUUCCUGGGCAUUCCAGCACUAUUGAAAUUCGAUAUCCUGGACCAGAUAUGCAGCUUCUUAUCAAGUCUGCUGAUUCACUAGAUGACUGCAUUUAUGCGGAAAUCAGGACAAGAAUCCCAGAGACAAUUUCAUGGGACUACAACUUUGAGCCUGCAGGAAGCACACCGCUUAGCUUCACUGUCAAGUCUGCAGCACUGAAGGAAGCUAUUGAUGAUCUUGAAUGGCCAGGAUCUAGCAUCCAGAUCAUACUAAAACCAGUACCCCCUUCUGUUACCUUUAGAGGAGAAGGCCAUGGAGACUUGCAGAUAGACUUCAUGUAUUAUGCAAACACUGAUCUGCUAAUUGCAUUUCACUGUGACCACCAAGUCUCUUAUCGGUAUAAAUACAAGUUCCUUCGAGCCACAACCUCUAACAUACCCAGUAGUGUUAUUAAAGACAACAGAGGAAGCAAGUUGACCAUUGGAAGAGGUGGAAUGUUAAAAGUUCAGCAUCUAGUUUCAGUUGCAAGACCAUCUACUUCACAUCAACACAUUGAUUCUGCAGGCUAUCAGCAACCCAGUCGAAUUGCUUAUAUUGAGUUCUUUGUGAAGCCAGAGGAAGAUGAAGAGACCGUAAAUGAUUGA